GGAAUCGGGGCGGGAAGAGUGAAAGACGAGCCGAGAAGAAGCCGGAAGAGGUUUAAUUCUCCUGCCAUUCCUUCCCGGUCCCCUUGUGGCCCUCUUUGUUGCUGCCAGCUGGCCUCGCUUUCCCUUCGCUCUCUUGCCGCUCUUUCUCCGUCAGGCAUGGACCCCGUUGGCAUCGUCCCCGCCACCGAAGUCAGCCCGGGCCCCGCUUGGCCUCAGAGCAAGUGCCCAUGGGGAACACCUAAAAGUACUACCAUAUCAUGUUCCUUUGCUGAUGUUAUGAGUGAACAACUAGCGAAAGAGUUGCAGCUAAAAGAAGAAAGUGAUGCUUUUCCAGAAGUGGUCCCGGCUGUUGAGGGACCGUUUAUCAGUGGGGAGAAUACAGACACUUCCAGUGAUUUGAUGCUUGCUCAGAUGCUACAAAUGGAAUUUGAUAGAGAGUAUGACGCACAACUUCUGCGUGAAGAGAAAAAGUUCAAUGGGGACAGCAAAGUAUCCAUAUCAUUUGAGAAUUACCGAAAAGUGCAUCCAUUUGAAGACAGUGACAGCUCUGAGGAUGAGGUUGAUUGGCAGGAUACUCGUCAUGAUCCCUAUCGAGCAGAUAAGCCUACCACUACUCCCAAAAAGGGCUUUACAGGAAAAGGAAAAGAUAUUACCACUAAACAUGAUGAGGUUGUUUGUGGACGAAAGAAUACUGCAAGGAUGGAAAAUUUUGCACCAGAAUUUCAGGUUGGUGAUGGAAUUGGUAUGGAUCUGAAACUGUCCAAUCAUGUCUUCAAUGCUUUAAAGCAACAUGCAUACUCGGAGGAACGCCGAAGUGCCAGGCUCCAUGAGAAAAAGGAACAUUCUACUGCUGAGAAAGCAGUGGAUCCUAAAACACGUUUACUUUUAUAUAAAAUGGUAAACUCUGGAAUGCUGGAAAAUAUUACUGGCUGCAUAAGUACAGGGAAAGAGUCUGUGGUGUUUCAUGCACAUGGAGGAAGCUUGGGUGAAGAUGCUCCACCAGUACCUUCGGAAUGUGCCAUAAAGGUGUUUAAAACAACUCUUAAUGAAUUUAAGAAUCGUGAUAAAUACAUCAAGGAUGACUACAGGUUUAUAGAUCGCUUCAGCAAACUAAAUCCACGAAAGAUAAUACGUAUGUGGGCAGAGAAAGAAAUGCACAAUUUAACAAGAAUGCAGAAGGCAGGCAUUCCUUGUCCAAAAGUGGUUAGCCUGAAAAAGCACGUUUUAGUUAUGUCCUUCAUUGGUCAAGAUCAAGUCCCAGCUCCUAAAUUAAAAGAAGUAAAACUCAGUAGCGAAGAUAUGAAAAAGGCCUACUAUCAAGUUCUUAAUAUGAUGCAAAAGUUGUACAAAGAGUGUAAUUUAAUUCAUGCUGACCUGAGUGAAUACAACAUGCUAUGGCAUGGGGGACAGGUCUGGCUAAUUGAUGUCAGUCAGUCUGUAGAACCAACACAUCCUCAUGGGCUUGAGUUCUUGUUCAGAGAUUGUAGGAAUGUUUCACAGUUCUUCCAGAAGUGUGGUGUAUCAGAAGCACUUGGUGAGCGUGAACUCUUCAAUGCUGUCUCGGAAUUACAAUUUUCAUCUGACAAUGAGGCGGACUUCUUAGUUGAGAUUGAAGCUCUGGAGAAGAUCAAUGAAGAUCAUGUACAGAAUCAUGGGAAGAAAGUGUCUUUGUAUUCAGAAGUUGAUGAGAGCCCACCUUUGUGUCCCAACAAAUAGCACUGAGUUGAACCGAAGUAUUUUUUGCAUCUAAGUUCGAGUGCAGUGAUUUUCUGUCAGCUGCCAAAGGGGACAGAAACUGUCGUCAGCACAGACUGCUGUAAAUGAAACUUCAGGGAACACGCAUUGGUGCUUUUGGUGUUUUUAAAGCAAAGUUCACCUGUUAGUCCACAGGAUCUAACUACAUAGUUUUCUGAACAAGAAGUUACUUUCACUUGUCAGUCUGGCAGGUUUUUUUCCCCAGUUUUGUCACAACUGAGUUAAAUAUCAUUUUAACGAUUUGAAAUUUCCCAAAGAUGUCACAUUUCAAAUUAAACAAUACACGUGAGUGGGUUGGAGUGUUAGAUACUCUUUCCCUUUCCUUUCCAAAAAUAACUUUUCAUUCUUGAAUGUCAAAGUAUAUGCUUAAGGAAAGCUGAGUAUACGUUGAGUUGUUUUGAAACAUGAAACAUACUGAGUUUCUAUCAAAGUCUUACUAUUUUUACAGAAACUGAGAUAAAAGAGAUUCUUAAUGUUUGAUAAUGAAAAUGGUAUUAAUCACUAAAAUAUCAAAAUGUUUUUUAUGAUUUUUACACAACUGUUGCCCUAUAAUUAGAACAUCAAUUUUAAGACUUUAAUAUAGAUUUCAAGAGAAAAGAAAAUAUUAGAUUACCAACUGGAAGAAACUGCUUUAUUUCUUAGAACAAUUUGUUAAACUAUAAGUUAGACCACUUGACAUAAGCAGUUUUGAAAAAAAUGAAUAAAGUGUAAAUUAUGUGAAGUAGAUGGGAAAUAUACAAGAAAAGGUGCUCCCUUACAGAUGCAUAUUAGCUGCCUGGAACUGAUUGUUGAUUUCCAUGUUUGAAGAUGGCUUUUUUUUUUUAGAUGUGGUUCGAAAAACAUCACUUAUGCUUAAGAAUGUGCAUGCAAUAUAGCCUAUAAUGUGAUGCAAAUCCUGCAGCUGCUUAAUCAAAUUCAGCACAACUGGGGAUGCGUCUAGACCAGGCAUGGGCAAACUUCAGUCUUCCAGGUGUUUUGGACUUGCACAAUUCCUAACAGCCAGUAGGCUGUUAGGAAUUGUGGGAGUUGAAAUCCAAAACACCCGGAGGGCCAAAGUUUGCUCAUGCCUGAUCUAGACUGUUGAAAGGGUGCAUAUUGACACCGCUUUAGCUACACUGGCUAAGUACUAUGAAAUCCUGCGAGUUGUAGUUUUAUAAGGACUUUAGCCUUCUGUGUAAGAGUGCUGUUGCCUUAACAAACUACAACUCCCAAGAUUCCAUAGCAUUGAACUGUGGCAGCUAAAGUGGUGUUAAACUGCAUUAAUGCUACAGACUACAUGCACCCUGAAACUCUGUUUUUGAUAGAUAUGUGUAGAUUCUAGCCACAACAUAAUAAUGCACAUAUCUGUAUGUAAGUGAUAACAGAUCCAUUAAAUCUGCAUCUUUUUUUUAUAUAGUUCAUUUCAUUCCUGGAGUGUAACUGCAAAAUACAAUCUAGACAAAGCCAAUAUAAAAAGCUAAUCCAAUGACAGAGGACUAGCAUUUGAAUGGAUUUAGUAGAGUGUAAAAAAUGUGCACAUAUUUCUUUUUCCAGUUUCUUUUGCAUUUAUCUCCCAUGAUGCUGUAAGGGGUGGUAAAUGCUGUGUGAUGCUCUCUCAGUGGCCCAUGAAAAUGCCUGUCCCAUCCAAAAAUGGGAGGGCAAAUAAACAUCUCAGAUUAUGUGGCUGUA